AUGGAACUACCCUACUACUAUACUAGCUAUUCCUCAUGCCUCUAGUUCAUUGCUAAUUUUGUUAUUAUUCAUGCUUUGAUCAAACUAAAUUCUUAGUACAAUGAAUCAUGGUUCCUUGGAGGAAUGGAAACAUUUUAAAAUUUUGCCUAAUAUGCUAAAUUAGCAGUGUCAUCAGCUACAAUGUUUUGCUUGGAAUUUUUAGGAUUUGAGCUUUUGUGUAUAAUUUCCGGUUACAUAUCUGUUACUGCGAAUGCCGCAUAAGUCAUAACACUUACCACAAAUUUAAUGUUCUUUGUGAUUCCAACAGGUCUGAGUAUGGCUUCUACUACCAUUAUUGGAUAACUUAUUGGUUAAAAGAAAAGUAAACUCGCGAAGGCAUAGUCUAGAUUCAUCAUUAAAUUUUCUUGUCUUCUUGCUCUAUUCAUGGGAGGACUAUUAUUUAUUCUUAGACAUUAAUUGGCAAGAUCAUUUUCAACAAAUCCUGAAGUAGUAUAUAUCACCUCUGAAGCAUUCAAAGUAUCUGCUAUCUCUGCUGGUCUUGACGUUAUUUAUGUAAUAUAACAAGGAUCAAUUAGAGCGUUAACUAAGUUCAAUCAUGCAGUAGCUGGAGGACUUGUUGCAUUUUAUGUCUUUGCUUGUCCAAUUGGAACUCUCUUAGGAAUUCAUUUUAACCUAGGAGUGCCGGGUUUAUGGAUGGGUUUGGUAAUUGGACAAACAUUUGUAGUUUCAUACUUUUAAUACUUGUUAAGUUGGGGUUUUAAUUGGGAGAAGAUAACUUAAAAUUGUUCUGACCGAUAAGAUGAUGAUUUAAAGACUAAUGGAAGAAAAAAUUUUCUGGCAACUAGUUUUGAUAAAAUCUUAGAGAAUAAUGAUGAUUAAAUUAUUGAGAUGCAGACCAAUACUUAUCUUUUGGAAAACCCUGAUAAAUUAAAUAUGAUUUAAAACAAAUGA